CCUUAGUAUUGGCUGACUUCACGGACAUGUCUACGAUCAUACCGGCCGAAAUGACGCAAGUCACCGCCACGGACGUUCCGAGGCUGCCACGUGACUGCGCUGAGAUUCAGACUGGUGGACCAUCCCAUCUCAGUGGGGUGUACCCCAUCUAUCCCGAUGGAGUUAGUGAUGAACCUCUCUUCGUUUACUGUGAUAUGGAAACGGACGGAGGUCGCUGGACGGUCUUCCAGCGUAGACAAGAUGGUUCCGUUGACUUCUAUCUUUACUGGUCCGAUUACAAAUACGGUUUUGGAAACGUUUCCUCCGAGCACUGGCUCGGUAACGACAACAUCCACCGUCUUUCCCGUAAUAAGACCUACGAGCUACGGAUCGACCUCGAAGACUUCGAUGGACAAACGCGCUAUGCCACCUACAGCAAUUUCAGUAUUGCGGACGAGGUCGCAAAGUACAUCCUGGCCCUUGACAAGUACUCCGGAGACGCAGGUGACAGUAUGUCGUUUCAUGCAGGUUAUUCGUUCAGUACACGGGACCGCGAUCAUGAUGAUGCAGCGGGACACUGCGCCGGUUAUUACAAAGGAGGCUGGUGGUACAAUAAAUGCCAUCGUGCUAACCUCAACGGCCUAUACCUGAACGGUCCAACCACACAGGAGGAGAAAGCCAAGGGUGUGGUAUGGGAUGUAUGGCUCGGUCAUUUAUACUCCCUCAAGAAGACGGAGAUGAAGCUUCGACCGACGUAAAUAACAAACGACUGUCAUAAGAAAGUGCUGGUUUACCACGGGGUUUCGUAAGCACACUUAAGACCAUCGCACUUUAUGUUUCGUAUCUUAUCACACAUAGCUUCUAAGCAUUUUUCUCCUUUAAUAAAGACACAAAUUACAACACCCUCAAAACACUGUUACUCAUUUUGGUAUCGGUUUAACAUAAGGGGGUUAUGCAGUGUUGCUGUAAUAAGUGUUAAAAAAUUUCGAGGGUUAUUCGGGGAAUAAGCACUGUAAUGUUUCUUACGGCUUUUUGAAAGAAGGAAACCUCAAAUUAGAAUAUUUGCUAAAUGUUGUCUGGCAAGAUUUAAUUAUUUUCUACAAGAGUUUUAACAAAAAAGAUGCAGUGAAUUAUAUCCAUGUAAAUAUAUUGU